UGCCAUGGCGACCAGAAAAUACUUACCGCCGUCAGUGGAGAGUGUGUGCGUGUGUGUGUGUGUGUGUAUGUGUGCGUUCAGGGGGUAGAUAGUACAGAACGCAGUAAGCCGGAGUCCAGACGGGCCCAUUUUCACCUUUUGCCUUCAAUUCUAGGAUUUCCUCGCUUCCUCGUCCGCCUGGAGCGUGAGUCCCUGAACAUCUUUAUUAAUGUGUGACCUGAGGUCAUGUGCUGUGUGAGUGUGUCUGGUGUGUGAAGGUACUCGGUAAAUGCCACUGCAGGCUUGUAGCGAGCGAUGUGGACGCGACGCUGACGUACGUGGACUCAAACACGGCCCUUUUCUGGAAAAUGUCUCCGCGACAGUGAUACCCGGUUUGCCGAUGGCGGCGGCCGCCGCCGCCACCGCGGGCACGACGCCGCGGCCCCCGGUGAAGAGCGUGGUGGUGUACAAGAAUGGAGACCCCUUCUACAGUGGACGGAGGUUCGUGGUCAACCAGAGACAGGUGGCCACCAUGGAGGCCUUUCUGACUGAGGUGACCCAGAGCAUCGGGGCUCCGCUCGCCGUCAGGACUCUGUACACCCCCAGAAAGGGCCACAAGGUCAUAGACCUCCAGGAGCUUCAGACGGGAGCCCAGUAUGUCGCCGCUGGCUUCGAAAGGUUCAAGAAACUGGAUUACUUGAACGCCAGAGGCAAAAAUCCGCCCGCUGCACGUGAAGAAACCCAGGCAAAAGUAACCCAGAGGCCAAAUGUUUCAGCCAAAUGGAGGAAGUUUAUACCCAUACCUUGCAUUUUACACGUUUUCCGCAAUGGAGAUCUCCUGUGUCCACCAUUCCGGUUCAUCAUUCCUCGGAGCAUGCAGCAGGACCUGGAGAAGAUCCUGAGUCUGGUCACGGAGAAGGUCAGCCUACGAACCGGAGCGGUGCGCAGGUUGUGCACCUUGGAGGGGGUAACUGUGUCCUCGGCUGUGGAGCUGGAGACAGGACACUGCUACGUUGCCGUGGGAACCGAGAGGUUCAAGAAACUUCCAUAUGUGGAGCUUUUGGUUUCAAAAGCCACAGAGAGAUAUAAUCCAGGAAAGAGAAGGCUGUUAAGGAGAAAUGAGGUACCUUUAGUUUACAGGAAGGCGAGGAGCGGUCCGGAAGACCAGCACAGCGACUCGGCCCUCCUCGACUCCCCAGAGUCAGACAGUCGGCGGGUGAAGUCGACCGGGGACGAAGCGGCAGCUCCAGCCGCCGCGCAGCAGAGGAGCAGGAGGGAGGCAGCCGACGAGGCCUCCGCGUUCUUCGCAAGGCCGGUCAAGAUCCGCAGCCACGGGGAACAGCCGAGACCCCCGGCCAGCAGCGGGCCCGUCCAGCCGAGCGUGUUCGGAAGAGCCGCGAGGAAGAGAAGAGAGGAGGCGCGAGGGGCCGAGGAGGUGCACGAGGAUGAAAACACAGCCACGGAGCUCCCCGUUGACCAGAAAGCUGCAGAAAUAGUGGAGGACGAGGAUUUCAACAGCAGACACACACAGCAGGCGCCGUUACCUGAACAAGAUGGUGUGAAACAGACGGAAAACUCUGCUGCGGAAACACCGGUGCAUGAGUUGAAGCAAACGUCUCCAGAGUCACGGCCUCCGUCAUCAGCCACCGCGCCACAGAACGGGGAAGAAAAGGCAAGUUUACUUCCUCACAGCUUGUUGCCUUUGACGUGUCCAUGUGCGCCUGAUUGCCUUUUCUUUUAAACUGUAAUAAUUUGAUUAAACAGGAGGGCCUACGUAAUCAGGAGGACUGUUAAAACAAUAAGCACAAACGACGCCUCCGAGACGUCAUCGUAACAAGCAGAAGAUGUGCGGCUAAAUGAGUCUUUGAUUACAUUGGAGAUAUUUCGACUGUGGUGAUGAAAAUGUGAAAUCAUUCAUUUAUGCUGUUUUCUUUUACGAAAUAAAUUACGAGUCAAAAGUGUCCGGAUAAUAUAAGAACAGAAAUAACAAAUGAUGGACACACUAUGUUUAAUACAGUCAGUCAAAACUGGACUUUUCUGACAUUUUUAGCUCCUAAAAGACAGGGAUCAUUCUAAUGCAGAUAUUGUGCAUCUAUAUAUAGAUACACUUAUAUUUGUGGAAAAGGAACAUUAUUUUUUUUGGGGACAUUUUAUUCCUAAAUGUAUUUCCAAUCUGCAGAAAUCAGUGAUGGAGACCAUCAUGUUUUGCCAACAAUUUAAUAAUAAAAUAUCAGCCACAUCUCAAGCUGAAUAGGUAAAACCAUAAUAAAGUUGUCUGUACAGCGUUAUGGGUCCAUUAAAGACUGGGACAAUAAAAAUAUACAUUACUA